UUUGCUCAACUUCCUUUCUGGCACCAAUUAAAGUCGUGGAAGUACAAAGUCUAGUCAAGCCCAUCAACAAUUGCUAGAAUUACUUUUGACUUCGACUGGGACAGUUCUCCAUCUCUUUUUAAGCUCUUGUGGUACUGUCAAAAUGAACCCUUCAGUAAUCAUGAGUCAGCCCCAAGCUACCAUUGUACAGCACCAAAGCUCCGACUGGCAAACGGAUUUAUUGGACUGCUUCAGUGACUGUGGAGUAUGCAUCUGUGGAACCUUCUUCCCGCUGUGUCUGGGAUGCCAGAUCGCUUCCGACAUGGAUGAGUGCUGCCUCUGUGGAGCAACCAUGGCAAUGAGGUCUGUCUACCGGACGAAAUACGGCAUCCCGGGAUCCCUCUUGAAGGAUUUUUUCGUUAUGACCUGCUGCCCGCAUUGUGCUGUCUGCCAGCUCAAGAGAGACAUCAAUAAGAGGAAAGACAUGGGGAUGUUCUAAAAAGGUUGGUUCAGCUUUACCUUUAUCCAGAGCAUCUACGUCCUGGGUUUCAACGCCAUGCUAUACAAUCUAGUCAUCCACCUGUCUGAAUAAUAAGUUGUUUUCCAUCCAGCUGGAUGGAGAGACUUUCAAAGUAUAUAUUUACAGAUGCUAUUUGGUUACUUAAAAAUCAUUUAGAAUGAGUAAAAACUGAUGUUUGCCGCACAUGCAACGUAUCCCGAAGAUGGAAAAACAGCGAUCAAUAUUUCUCUCCAUUCCUUUGCAGGCUCCUCCCUUAGUGCAGUCGAUGCAUUUUACAUAACACCUUUCAGCUUUAUACAACUUUCUUCAAUAAGAUGGCCCCCCUCCUGAUCUUCUGGACUAUAGGUCCCAUAAGCCCCAGUAAGAGUGAGGAAUGGUCAGGAAUCCCGGGAGUUGUGUUUGAAAUGUGCGAAGAGACCAAACAGACUGCAGGGGACGCGUGUUUGCCAGGCGUCUGUGCAUUCGUUGGGGGCCUUUGCACAGCCCGAGAAGCCACCCUGCAAAUGAGCUAUGCCGGGCGACUAGCCGGAGAGCAGGGAUAGCCGCUGCUGCCGGAGGCAUCCCAGCUCCUCUUGCCUCCUGCCCCAAAUACCAGGAGAGUGCGGCCAGCGCUGGGCAGAGCCAGCUGGGCGGUGCCGCCAGGCGUGAGCUGCCUCUUCUGGGCCAGGCACAGCAGUGGCAUGGAGGACGAUCACGGAUCGUGCAACAGCCUCCGUUCUUGCCAGGGACUUGAGCGCAGGGCCGGGGCAAAGUGGACCGGAGGCUGGGGAGCGAGCCACUAUGGAUUCCCCCACAUCCCUACCCCGACAUGCCAGGAAGCCACAGUGAGCUGGACGGAGGAUCAGGGUCACCUCAGCCGCUGUCCUUCCUGCCCUCUCAUUCCUUCAAGCCGCUGCCAGGCUCUGAGAGAGCUUCGGGGCUCCAUCUGCUGGCCUAACCCGAACCCUAACCCAGUGGCCAGGGCCCUUGUGAGCACCGCAUGGGAGUCCCAGAGAAAGCCUCAUCAGAACGGGCUCUGCCCUCCAGACUAGACGCCGUCUCCGCAGCACAGGUGCCCAGUGUGCUCUUGCUCCUGGCUCUCCGCCCAAGGUUCUCUCCCAGUUGCUCUGACGCGUCAGUCUCUGGCUCCUGGCCUGCCUUAACUAUGCCCUUGUUUAUUGCACUGUACUUUGCUUACUCCUGGUUCUGAUUGUUUAAUAAUAACUUGGACUUGGUACUGGAUGGGCGAUUGAACGCUGGGCUUAUAACAACUUGACUGAGUUGUCUAGGUCCCAGUGUCCCUGUGUAACAACUUGACACCUACACUCCAGGGUCCAACAGUGAUAUCCCAGGCAGGCUGCAGGGAGGAGAGGCCCCAGUCUUCAGGCCACUGUGUUCUUUGGCUCGCCGCAGCUGCCAGUCUCGGCCGUGCAAUGGGGACCUGAGGCAACAGCAAGGAAAGGGCUGCUGACCAGGCCCCCUUAUCUCCUGCUCCAAAGCAGGCCUGAUCCACUCCCAGGCAUGAGGAGGGGUGAUCGGCUGGACAGCACUGCCGAAAGGAGAGGUGCAGCUCAGCUGAUUCCCCCACUCCUCUCAGAUUCAAGUAGGGAGGCGAUCGGGUGGGCUGUACCGACGCCUCUGCUCGCUCUUCUGUGGGAGGAAGGGGCGUGUGCUGCCCUCCUCAACCAAGGGAGGGAUGGGCUUGCCCCCUUCUUUGCUCCUGCUGGAGGGAAAGCUGCACGUGUCAGGGAGAAUCGGGGCUAGGUGGGGUAUCAUUCUUAGCAUGCCCCAGUCUGGCCAAGGCUCCCCCUCCCCUGCUCCUGAUCUGGGGAAAGCUGCCCAAGCAGGACUGGGGUGAUCCACUUGGAUGUGCUGUCCCAUCUGGGGGUACCCCCACCCAGCUUGUUCUCCCCACUGCCGUUCACAUGGUAGAGGUCUCCUGGGGCAAACUGUUGUUAUUUGGGCCCAUGAUGAAAGGCAAGAGUCACCAGAGAAAACCAUAAUGCUGGGGAAAGUUAAAGGCGGAAGAAGAAGGGGGAGCCCAGCGUGAGCUGGACGGACUCUCUGCAGAAAGCCACAGGCUGAAACCUUCAGGAGCUGAGCAGGGCUGCCAAGGACAGGCCAUCCGGGUGGGCUUUCAUUAAUGGGUGACCAUAAUUCUGAGAUGAAUUUCAUAGCAAGCCAUUGCAUGACGCUGCUUCCAUCUGGUGGCCACAGCAAGGGCAUUCGGCGCAAGUGUUCUGUUGCUUAUACGCAGGGCUGAAACGCUGUGCUUAUUUCCAUCAUGUUUGGGCUCUAGGAACUCGCUUUCAGUAGAACACACCUCCUCAGCGUGGUGACUGGCUCACACUCUUCCUGCGGUCAUGAACAAAAGCAUCAAGGCAUGCUGGAAAGCAACUACUUCUGUGAAACAUUUUUAAAAAUGAUUACAUUGGUGGCAUCAGACAUGUGAAAAUAAAUCAUUUGAACACCAA